AUGGAACCUGCGCCCAAGACGCUGCAGCCGAAGCGGACACCACCUUCGGAUCAUGCCACGACGGCAACACAGGCCAAGCGGACAAAGGUCACCUCCGCAUGCCUGCCCUGUCGCCGUCGCAAGGUCAAGUGUGACGGCAACCGCCCCGUCUGCCGCGCUGCACGGCCAAUGCGACUGAACAUGGCGAAGGAUAUGCAAGCCAUUACAAAGACGAGGGUGCAGACUCAGAGGCACAGUCCGACUCGGUGGCCCAAUGCAGAGAAUCCAGCCUCAUCAAUCCAAGUCCCAGUCCCAGUUCCAGUCCCAGACUCGAGUGUCGAACAUCAAGAGUUCCAAGAUGACCCGGCCUUUUCACAACCCAGCGCAACAUCUCAAGGUCCGUCACCGUGUCUCUCUCUCCCAGCGGACUCGCGCGAACCAGCUUGGUACGGCCAAGUCGGCAGGAGGAUUGAGCUCGACCUGCAAUGUCGAGGCCGUCGCCACGCCCUAGGAACGGCCAGCGUCGGCCCUCUUGCGUCCAACAUUCGCCUCGCAGGAGCAUCAACGGCUGGGGAAGCGUCCGGCGACGACAGGAGACCGACUCAUCCGUUUCAAAGUGUCGCCCUGGAACGCCACAACAAGCUCAUCUUCCACUCUCCCCAAGACAAGCUCGACGAGGCUGACUACGAGCUCCCUCGCCGCGCAAAGGCCGACGCGUUACUGGCCACGUACUGGGAGCUCUUCCCACCCAGUAUUCCCGACUUCCGACCCUCGCGCGUCGACACCCCACUCAACGUGGCGACUAGAGAGAGGGCAUCAGCACGGUACUGCGGUCGCGUCUUGGAGCUCCUGAACCGCGGUCGGACGCGCCCCGUCUCUAUUCCCGUCAUGCAGGCUGCCCUCCUCGUCGCCGAAUACCUACACUCGCUGCACCCAGAGCAAUGCUGGAUGUAUGCUGGCAUGGCGAUUCGCAUAGCACAAUCGCUGGGGCUGCAUCGUCCGGACACACCGGCGGCUAUACAUGAUCCACGGGCGCUUCGUCUGUGCGUGCGGGUGUGGAAACUAUGCGUCGUCUGGGAUCGCAUACUUUGCAUGACGUACGGCCGAUCUAUGACGGUCAGCCAAAAGGAAGCAAGCUGGUGUCUAUCGUGGACCGUGGGCGCUGCCGCCGCCGACGGUGCUUUGGAGACCUCCCGUCAGAAGCAGGUCGAGGACAUGGCGUCAGCUUUUCUGCACAAGUGCCUGGAGCUCUACAUGGUGAUCGGUCGCGCACUGAACGACUUUGCCUCCUUGGACGCGGAAGAGCCAGAUCAUGGAUCUCAGGCACCUGUCCAACCCCAUGGCGCGCUGGGAUUUUCUAUCAUGGAUAAAGUUCUGCGACACGAGCGGUCGCUGGAGGCGUUCCAAAGGUCACUCCCGCCGGAGCUCUCAGUUCCGGAAGUUUUUGCCUCCACAAUGGACAUUGUACAGCAGCGUCACGCCGUCAUACUACAUCAGAGGUUGUACCAAGCCCGAACCGCACUGCUAAGACCUCUCCUCUCGAACCUCCUCCGUUCUCCACAGCCAAACGCAUCUGUCGACAAGGCGACAACCUGCCUCCUCACCCGCUCCAUCGCCGUUCAGUGUGCCGUCUCUUGCGUUGCCGCCGCUCAGGAAACCCUCCGGAUCGUGGGUACAUACCACUGCCACGGCUCAAGUUGGGGGUCCGAUCCAGGAAUGUCUCCGCAAGGGGUCGACUUGACCAACACUUGGUGGAAUAAUGUACUGUAUCUCUACACCGCUGCGACGGCUCUCCUUGCCGCGCGCCUUUGUCCCGAAGUCCGCAUUCAGGUAGGGCCUGUGGAGCUGGAUGCAUCCUGGGAGCUCGUGCUGCGCUUGUUCCUCCAGUACAAGGACCGCGAAAGCUGGGUGGGCCAGUUGGCAGAGACACUAGGACGCCUCGCAAUGUCUGCAGGUAGCGCAAAUGAAGGCUUCAGCGAGAUGAGGGGUCAAGGCGGGCUAACUGUGGACGAUGAUAUUUCCGCACUCAACAACAGGGACGCGAGCGGAAGUCUUCUGCCGCAAAUGAUGGCAGUCCCAAACAUGUUUCUGGAUGGCGAGAUGCCGCUUUUCAGCCAGGCCAUGGAUCUGGACGCCAUCUUCGGCCCCGGGCACGACCCCUUCGUAGCAUUGCGGGACGGGUCAUUCGGAGGAUAA